AUGUUUGAGAAGAGACUUUUCAAGCUUCGCAAGAUCCCCUUCAAGUCCCCGAUUAGUCUCAUGCAAGAAUUCGAUAACCUCUUGCUGUCUGCGGAUAACAUUCCGAGCAGCCGACAGGCCACUUGCACGAGUGUUAACGCACUCUUCGCAAGGUUUCGAUUCAAGUUCCUUAAUCUUCCCCUCUUGCUCCUGGAUCUUCUUAUUCUUCUCAAGAAUCGUGUCUUGCUGCUUCCGAUUCUUGGUCUCAUCCGCCUCGUGUCCGACCUUGAGGCGCUUAUAGGCCUCGGCCAUUCCGUUUUGGACAUUGGUUCUCUCGGCGUUGAUUUUGGCGAUGCUCGUGAGGAAUACUGGGGGUUCCUUUUCGGUUUGGGGUUUGCAAGCGAGGACUGUGCCUAUGAUCUUUCGCUCGAGGUUGGUGAUGAUGGACGCAUUGGGAUACUUUUUGUCGAUUACCUCCUGCAAGAACCUGGAGGCCUUGAUGAGCUUUGUGUCGUAUGUAGCCAUUAUUUAUGAUCUGAGAUUUCUGGUGUGUGGGUAGGCAAAUAUGUUUUGGUGUGUAUAGGUAAGGUGCUGCUGGGGUGCACGUCAAAGUGUCGAAGUUUUGGUUUUGCUUGAAAGUGCUGGUGUGUCUUUGACGUUUUCAGGUGUGUUGACGUUUGAUUUCAAAGCAAAUGAAUCCCUGGGCAGUGGAAUAUUUGUAGAAGCUUUCCAGAGGCUACGCUCAAUUGGGCGGAGCAAGAGCCCUUCUCUCAAAGCAUACGACAGUCCCGUGAAUUUCUGA